UAACACUUUUAGCCAAGUAUUUUUACUUUUUUAACACAACAAUCGAAACUUUGGGUGGAAAUGCAUUUUUGAUUGUUGCAUAAAAUAUCUGCAAUAUCCUGUUCGUCUGAAUUGAUUGAGUGGUUUUACAUAAUUGGGAAGGAAGGAAUUAAUGGAUGCAUACUAAACCAUUAUCAAAACUGAAACCCUGCUGGACGACGACGACGACUCAUCUUAAUUUGAUCAGGCAUCAAUGAGACAGCAGAGCAGCAGGCAAAUUACAUAAUAAGUACGUGCACAUAAAACAAUGUAAUACGUCCAAUACCAGUUAGUUACCUACCAUCACCAUCAUCAUCAUUUUCAUCCUCUUUCAUGUAACAACGUCUUCUCUCGACAUCAUUCAUGACUCGCCUCUGCAGAUAAUAAACGAUUAUUACCCUGAAACAUUAUUGUAGUAACGUUUAAUAACAAGCAGCAAGCACUUAAGUUAACACGAGAAACACAAUAACAACAAUCUUCAACGGAAUAAAUAAUCGCUUAAAAUCAUCAUUAGAAUUAGCCAACCAGCGCAACAACAAUCUCCAACGAGCCCAACGAAACAAGUUGGGAACUGAAUUAUUAUGGGUGUGGUGAUAGCAGACACCCUCGGUGGUGAUCAGGAGGGUACGAUGCCAAUUUGUGGCCAGAACCCUGCAGCCAUUCAUCCAGAAGGAGACGAAUCAAAUUCGGAAGGUCUUGUUCUAGACAAAGCGUCAGAAGAUUUUGCAAAUCAACAGUCGUCGAUUGUUCAGGAGGAAAAUUCAACGAUGCAGAAGACCGGUAUCAUCCCUACAUCUUCCUCCGCGUCUCGUACUUGUAACAUUAAUACAAAUGGAGGACAAGAAGGCCAGCAAAGUUUAUCGGGGAGAAAAUCUGCGCCGACGAAAACAAAGGCUUAUUCACCUCUCAUUUCCAGCGGGUGCUCCAGGAAGAUAGACUCGCUUGACUUGAAACUGGAUGAAAAUUAUGUCCAUGGCAGUACUCCGGCAAAUCUGAACGACGAUCCAGACUGUAACAAUUACAAUUAUAGCGGAGGAGAAAGUAGUGGUAUUCAAACGAUUUUUGGGUCGUUUGGGGGAAAGUCAGGGUCGGAUUUCUCCUACUCGCGUCUCAAGGCAUCAUCUAAGAAAAACCAAGGCCGAGCCACCACCACCAACAAUUUUUUGGAGGAAGGGGGGACGUCACAAAAAAAGAAUAAUUACGCCGACAAAAAAAUGGCAACAUCACCCGAGUCAAGGUGGACCGUAUAUUUUCUCUUUGUUGUUUCUCUCCUCAAGUUUUUUCUGGCCCUAAGUGUUCUUUCACUCCUUGUGGGGAGUUUGUGGUGGUUUCACGUGCGUCUCGCUGCCUUGUCUUUGCGUCUCUCUGCCGUGGAGAGGGUGGUGAUGAACGGACCCGAAUUUGUUCAUCCGGGCGAAAGCAGAAAUGCCCGGGAGGAGGUUGAACAACAAGGAGGGUUGUGGAACAAUGGGAACCUGCCUCCUUUCCCCGGCAGCAGCAGCAGUAGGGACGACGACUUUGUAAUAAAUGAAGUUGGAAAUGGAAAGAGUGUGUCGUCCAGUCACAGUGGUCAACCACCAGAGCCACAUCAGAAUGACCAAUUUAUGGAACGUGGUGGUCCUCCUGCUGAGAGACUCAGGGUGAAACGUCGAGUGGAUUCUUCACCCCCAGGACAGCGAGAUCGAGGAAGAACGCCAAAUCCCAACUUGAGCAACUAUAAUGUCGAGUUUAUAAAUCCGAAGGGCAGAGACGAUUUGGAGCGUGGUGGGGGGUCUUCGCCGGACAAUCCUGCUGUUGGAGGAGCCGCAGGGUCAGAUGCUUCCAACCCGGUGCCGGAUGAUGAUUGGGUUUGGUUGACAUCAUACUCGAGAAUUCCGCUUCUGGCCAUCCAAGAAUUCUGCUCGGCAACAAAAGAGUACUGUCCCAAGGGGGAUUCUGGCCCUCCAGGUCUGAUCGGUAAACCAGGGCCGAAAGGCGAUCGGGGAGAGAGUGGAUUUCCUGGAGAAUCUGGAUCACGGGGACCCCAAGGACCGCCUGGUUUUCCCGGGAUCAGGGGUCCUAAAGGCGAACCUGGCUUACCAGGAGGUGAUGGACGAGAUGGUUUGCCAGGAGAACCUGGUUUGGAUGGUAUCCCUGGCAGGAGUGGAUUGGACGGGAUUCCUGGUAUUGAUGGAAUGUCAGGGAUAAAUGGGAGACCUGGUGUUAAUGGAACGAAUGGUUCCGAUGGAUCAGUGGGUCCACCCGGACCAGCUGGACCAGCUGGCCAAAGAGGCUUGCCAGGCCCGCAAGGAAGGAUGGGCGCUGUAGGAAAUUCUGGCCGAGACGGGAUCCCAGGAAUAAACGCGUGGCUGUACAACGGCACGAGUCGUCAACAGCUUUUGAUACCUCCUUCCAUAAUUGGUGCUCACACGAAAUCCAGACCGCUCGUAGUCAAUGAAGGUGAACACGUCCGUCUGCGCUGUUCUGCUUCUGGAGUGCCGAAACCAACGAUCAAAUGGAAAAGAGAUGACGGUGCCCUGAUCCGUUUAGGAGCUUGGAAAUCGUCCGGAAUUGAAGCAGCGGUCCUCAACCUGACGAAAAUCAACAGAGAGCACAUGGGCGAGUACAUUUGCAUCGCGGACAAUGGAGUAACGCCUUGGCAGCAGCGCUCCUUCAAUGUAGAAGUUCACUUCGCUCCGAUGAUAAGAAUUCUUAAGAAUCAAAUGGUUGGUGUAAGUAUUGGUUCGGUGGCAAUGUUCGACUGCUAUGUGGAGGCCUUCCCUUUUGCUGUCACUUAUUGGGAGCGACCUGACGGACGUGUUUUAGAAAAUGGAGAAAAAUACAAGAUUUCCACGAAAGAAAGUGGAAUGUACAAGGUCCACAUGACGCUAAAUGUGACAAGAGUGACCCCCAAUGACUUCGGGCGCUACCACUGCGUCGCCAAGAAUGAGCUUGGCAUCACCAAAGGAGACUUUACCACUUACGAGGUUGACCCGAAUCUGGUGACUCCGCCGCCUAAAACGGGAGGAGGAAAGGGAGUCGCAAUCUACGGCCAGGCACAACCUGACCACAAAGACUUGGAGGAGUUAUGCCCUCCAGUAUCCACUCCGGAACCGUGUCCACAAUGCAUUCCGAAGGUGGAACCAGGAAUAAUAUGCCGCUCGGGUGGUUUUGCUCUUCUCGACAUGGUGGGCUGGGAAAUUUAUCCUUUGGGGAAUCUUACAACUCCUUCACAAACCAAUCGGACACAAGCAGCCGUAGUGUCAGCCUGUUCUGCGGUAUUGUCCGCCGUGGGAAAACCUGUGUUCAACCGGUUUUCCUCGCACCCCGCAGGAUGCUGGAUGCGUGACCCGAUCACCACUGGGGAAAGAUACUGGGUCACAAGGGUAGACGACACAAAUCAUUUGUAUGAAUACUACAACAAAACUUCGUUCACUCAAGACCGACCCACAAGAAAUUACACGCUACAACUCCCUUUCCGGGGUAAUUUCCACACAGUGUACAAUUCGUCCUUUUUCUACGUUGCCAAUUCCAAGGAAAGCGGCGGCCACCCAAAAAUAGUCCGAUUCGAUCUCUUCAGCGGAAAGGUUAAUGGAGAAUUGGAUCUGCCUUAUGCAUCAUUUUCCGCCGAUAAACUCUACUCGUCCGAACAUUCCUGGGUUGAUUUAGCCACGGAUGAAAACGGUUUGUGGGCCAUCCAUUCCCUGGCUGGGUCCAAUAACACUGCAGUUGUGAAGAUCCACGUGGACCAAGACAGCAUGAUGGUAUUGUAUGGCUGGAACGUUACAAUUAGUCACACUUAUGCUGGGGACAUGUUCAUCAUCUGUGGAGUACUGUAUGCCGUUGACAGCACAACAGAUCGAGACACCAAGAUCCGCUUGGCGUUGGACCUGUAUCGCCGAAAUUUGCUGAAGGUGGACCUUCCCUUCAGCAAUCCUUUCCGAAGCACUUCGAUGGUUUCGUACAACCCAAAAACGCGCGAGUUAUUUACCUGGGAUAAAGGAAACCAGCUAAUUUACCCCGUGAAAUAUAAUGAGAUUGGGUACGACAAGGAAGAGAAGGAGACGCCUCCAAUCGCCGAGGACUUUUACGGGCUUCCUGUCACCUAUCCACCCAACAACCUUAAUUAACCAACUAUAGGCUUUACCCUACACAUGUAUACUUUAAAAAAUCUUGUCAAUCACAGUAAAUAUAUAUAUAAAUUCAUAUUUUGUCGACAACUUUCACGUUGAAUAUCAUAUAUUGUCGUGUAUAUUGUUACAUACAUACGUACGUUCGUACCACUAAAUAUUUGGGUAUUUGUAUUCUUAAAUGAUAUUUACGUAAUGUCGACGUCUACCGCUUUCAAUGAAAUUAUAAAUUUGUACAUGAAUGGAAACUGAAUUUUAUGGAAUCUGGAAGUCAGUCAAUAUUUCUUUGGUACGGAAAAAAAGUUGUUUAAAAAAAGUGACACGACUCACAAACAUAUUAAACAUGUAAAUGUAGUUUUGUAUAAGUUUUAAUGCACUGUAACAUUUCAAACAAACGGUACUUUGUAAUAACGAUAUAUACUAGAAAUUAAACAUGUAAUUGUGUAAUACAUUAACGUUAAAUAAAGUGAUGAUCUAUUAAUACCCA